CUAUAGGUGUGGUGUGCUUCAAGUGUGUUAUCAACGGCGGUUUAAUGACUCAGUGACGUCACGCUGCCUGAUAAAUAGGCUCGCUCACUCACGGCCAGAUAAAAAUACAAACGUCCUGUGGGCGCUCCGUCUGCUCAGAACCAGCAGUUUACUUCUGCACAUCGGAAAUGAGGGACAGACUGAAGGAACUGCAGGAAAAAAUGGCUCCUGAGGGCCAGGACAAUAGGAGCAAGGAGGAUGACGUUAUGAUCCAAAUCGAUCAGUCACCACAGGCAAUGAAAGACUUCUUUGAGGAGGUCAACUCAAUCAGAGAGAAUUUAAGCCUAUUUGAAAAAGACGUCCAGCACCUCUCGUUAAUUCACCAAACAAUGAAUUCCCUAUCGCCACCGUCUGAGAUGUCAAAGAGGGAGGCGUCGAUUACUGUACAAAAUGCUCGCACCAAGGCGAUGGCAAUUUCCAGGCAAAUCAAAGGGUUGCCGUCGAAAAUGCCGGAGCCGCGGACGGCGUCAAGCUCGCGGAUUUUGGCCAUCCACGAGAGCACCCUGAGCAUGCAGCUGAAACGGACCCUGGAAUCUCUAUACAACGAGCAGAACAGACAACGUGAAAAGGCGAAACAGAUUCUGCACAAGCAACUGACGACCGUGCGAUCGUCCAUGGAAUCGCGCGGAGAGUCGAUGACUGACGCUCAGCUGGAGCAACUGCUCGACAAUGGAGCAUCCAUUUUCACGGGAAAUUACAGUGCGCAGACAUUAAUGGCAAAACGAGAUUUAGACGAUAUUCAAAUGAGGCACGACGAAUUACUCGCCUUGGAGAAGAGUAUAGAGGAAGUCAGAGAUUUGUUUGCAGACAUUGCGUUACUCGUCCACAAUCAGGGAGAGAUGGUCGAUAAUAUUGAAAUGAACGUCGCAAGUGCGCUGGGCGUAGUUGAGCAGGGGAAAACACAACUCUUAGAGGCAAAUAAAAAGAAGUCAUCGCUUAGAAAGAAAAAGUACAUCUGCGUGAUAGGGAUUGUCUUGGUGAUUACCGCACUUAUUUUGAUCUUGGUGUUCCUCGUGCCUUAAUAAACAAAUUUUUCAAA